UGGACGUAAAUUUUUCAGCGCUGGGUGUUUUUUUCAUAAUUUCCAUUUUUACUCUGCUGAAAAUAUACCUACUUGAUUUGAACAGACUGUACUUUGUAAAGAAAGAAAUGAAAACAAAGUAACAAAGAAAAACAAAUCUUUUAUUGUUAGUUUAUAAGUAGUCUGUAUAUGCAGAGAUAUAUCGUGUUUAGUAUUUGGAACUUUAUUUAAGUUGUAUGAAGUUAUUUUCACGGCGAAAUAUUUUAAUAUGCAUAAAUAAGAAAAAGUGUUCUGGGACGUUUUUGUGCUGAGUACAAAGAAAAUCUACAAUUUCCACAGAAUUGAGCGUCAUGAGGAUGUGGGAAGAACUACAAAGAAAUUGUGUGUCGUUUUUCGCUGGAGUUGGCGUUUGAGCUUAAAUAAUUUUUAUUGGACGGUAGAUGUAUGUACGUAUCUGCAAAAGAAAAUGGCGUCAAAUUCUUCCGGCAACGUGGCUAAAUUUUUUGUAAUAGAUUUCUUUAUUCUGGACAUGAACCUAUUUGGGUGGCGCACGUAGUGGAUAAAGUAUGGGCAAGUGAUUUAUUUAACUUUUAAUGCUUAUACAGGUCUGGUGGAGUUGAACUGAUAUUCUUUGAAUACCCGGGACGUUGCGGGCUUAAGUAUUUUACUGAAAGAGUAAUUCAAACUUACUGGAUUCAUCAAAAAAUGCCGGUCCUAAUGUAGAAAAACACAAAGAAAAAAAAAAAUAGUGGCAACACAGCUUCAUAUUUCACUUGAAAUUGGCUGCGGUUUCAAUUGUCGCCAUUGAUAAUCUAUUACGAACGGAGAAUCGCCAUCAUGGAAAAUUUCUGUACACUAUUUUCGCAGUAGUUUUACAAAGGCGUGGAAAUUGCAUAGUAUUGGAAAUUUUGUCUUCGUGGGAAUCAAAUUAUUGAAAAUUGUCUUAUUUGUAUAACAAUAAUAGUAAUGCUGAAUUAUUGCAAAUAAAUUAAUUUAGACAAAAAAUAUAUUGAAACUAUUAAAACGCACUAAAGUUAUGUAAUCUGAAUUGAUUGAUGCAGAGGAAUUUAAGUUCAGAAAAUUGAAGCAAGACAACCAGUGGGUGACGUAUCGUCUUAAUUGGCUUUUGUUAAGAUUUGCUUGCAGUAAUUGAGACACGAAUAUGCCACGCAUAGUACCUCUACAGCUCCUAAAGUGCCUUAAGGUGCUGUUGGAUGACAAUGGAGGGAUUCUAAGUAUUGGUGAAGUGAAGAGAAUCGCAGGAUUGAUGAACAGAUACUCAAAAAAACUUGUAUCAAAAUGCAUUUAUGUACAAAUUUUAAAAGUAACGAAAACUGAAUUACUUGGUGAAUUUAUGGGUGUCGGCGGCUGGUCGUUGGUUUAUAACUGGUUAAACGACGCUAUACGUGCUAUGAAUUGGCCAUUGGUGCAGGAAAUACUAGAACUACUUUUGCUUUGUCCCGUUGAUGUGGAUCGAUUGAAAAUAAAUUCUGCACCUAAGUUGGUGAAAGGUCUUUGCAGAGACGGCGGCAAUGAAGGAGUGCGUAUACUUGCUAAACGCUUAGUAGAACAGUGGCUGAAGGUGGUAACUGAAAAUACAUCAGUCUCUCAAGUUGAAAAUAUUCAACAGCAGGCAGUUAGUAACGUAUCGGCAACUACUGUAGUUCAAGCAACACCCAUCGUGCGGCAAGAACCCAAAAUGAUACCACCUUCCGCGGACUCAAUUAAAAUAAGGUCGCCAGUUGUCGUCCGGCGGGCGUCGUCAAAUGCAGUAGAGGAAGACCCUCUAGCAGAUGUUGCGGACAUGCCACCUGAACCUUCUACCUAUGCACCAACAUCAGCGCAAAAGAAAGCAAGCGAGACAGGGUUGGUAUUUAAACUUGUUUACAAGGAUGGUCAACAGGUUUUGGCAAAAGUGCCAAAGACCGCGCAAGUAACUGCUGUUGUAGAGGAAGAACAAAAUGAAACAAAUAAUGAAGAAGGUGCAGAUGAAAACGCGGAUGGUGAAGCCGGAGUGGUUACCGAUGCUGGUGGUGAAGUUGAAGCAGAUACUGAAAUGGAUGAUCAAGAAGCAGAGGAAGAAGUUGAUUCACACACUGCAGCUCCUGUUGUAGAAGAGGAAGAAGAUACUAGGACGUCACUCGAUAAAGCGGACAAAGAAAGUGAAAGCAGUGCCGACGAUGAAGCGCAGACAACACAAGAUGCAGAUAAGAUGCAAUCGGCGGAAAAACCUUUAGAUCGUAAAAAGUCAAUUGAUAAUGAAAGCGAAAAACCAACUAAUAAAGAACAAAAACUUUCUAUAGAAUCUAAAGAAAGUAAAAAUAAAGAUAGAGAUGUAAAAACUGACAAAGAGAGGCUGAAAGAUAGGAAAUCAUCCUCGUCUUCUUCCAGCCACAAGUCUUCAAGUCACAAAUCGAAAAGCUCUUCGAGUAAAUCCAAAUCUUCAUCGUCAUCAUCUUCACACCGUAGUUCGAGUGAUAAGCACCGUAGUGACAAGGAUCGUUCCAGUUCUAGCAAAGAUAAGGAUCGUAAAGAGGGUAGUAGCAGCAGCAGCAGUUCUAGCAAACAUCGGUCAUCAUCAUCAUCCAAGUCUUCGUCGUCAACAAGUUCAAAAGACCGACACCGGGACAAAGACAAGGAAAAGUCUGCUAAUACAUCCUCGUCUUCGCUUUCAUCUUCGUCGCACAAAAAGGAUAAGGAGCGUGAAAAAGAAACACAGGCUGAGAAAGACAAAGACAUUGCAGUCAAGCCGUCCACACCAUCUAUGGAUAAACUAGGUCGUAUACCAAAGAAACCAAAGGACGAAUCCGAAUCUGAUGCUGUGAAACCCACUUCAAUUACGAUUCCUUCAAAAAAGGCUUCAAUGUCCAUUGAAAUUCGUCGCGAUUCAGAAAAAGCGAAAACUGUUAAAACAUAUAAAUCACAGUUUCGUUCACAUGGCUUGACCGAAGAAGCGCCACCACCUCCAUCACGUAAGGGCUUAAAGAAACCAGCUUCAACCACAUCAGCACCUGGUACCGUCAUUCCAACCAGUUUACCUUCAUCGCUAAAGCGGCCAUCACCACCUCCUAGUAGCAGUGAUUCUCCAACACAGAAGAAAUCUAAAAUCGAUAUUAACAAUCUGACUGUGGCCAAUGAGAAACCAGGAGCCAUCAAACUGAUCGCUCCAAAGAAGAUUCAAACCCUGGUCGAAACAAAUCUCUUCUCUGAUGCGCUCUCAGCAGCGACUGGCCCGAAAAAGGUCACAAAGCGCAAGCGUCCUACCACGCCUGGCCCCGGACAAACCAAAGAAGGACACUCGCCACCCACAAGUCCCGACGCACCAAAGGUGGCACCCUUAAAAUUCUAUCAAGACACAUUGGAUGAACCGAAGGCAGAUGAAAAGUCCGAUAAGGAAAAUGACGCCCAAGAAAGUGAAAAGUCGGAAGAUUUGGAUGCAGGCGAUAAGGGUAAUAGCACAGAAGACGAUGACGAUAUACCAUUGAAAAAGGUUAAGGAAGACAUUGAGCAAAAGGUGUUACGUGAACAAAAAGCUGCAGAUGAGAGUGGUGCCACUUCUAGCGCCGCCAACGGCGGCUCAGUCGAUAUCACUGGCAGUGAUGCGGAAGAAGAAGCCGCCACGAAAGAACCCGCAAAUAAAGAAGUCGAAGAGGAAGAAACGCGCAAGAUGCCUGGUCCUGGUUGUGGUCCGAAUGGACCACCAGGUGUGCUUAUGCUGCAUCGACGAAAGGGCCCCAAAAAGAAGUUGACUUGGCGCCCCCAAGAACAUCUCGAACAAAUACGUUACUUCGAGCUGGAUGAAACGGAGCGCGUGAAUGUUACUAAAACGCAAUCGUUUAUGGACAUGAAGAAUCUGGAACGCUACAGUGAACGUGACGCCAUCAAUAUCGCGCGACGCGGCUUUACACACGAGGACAAUAUGCGGCCACAAACCGAUUGGCGACCACUGGUCGAAGUCGAUGGCGUACCGCCACAUCCCAAUGGUAAUCAAUCGAAGCAACGUAAGGUACAAACCGAACGUGAGCAGACCACCUUACGCGCGCUAUACUUUUCGCACAGCAUGAUACCCGAUUCGCCGGCGGAGGCCGAGUUGGAGCCGCAUUUCGCGUACGAUGUGCCAGUCAUACCUUUGGAAGAUAUCACCGGCAAUCCGGAUGCGGUUAGCGAUUAUACGAAUAUGCCCUGGCCCGAACCGAAGAGUUCACCCAAGUAUCCCGAAAAUACGGUUGCCAGUGCUGGCAAACUGACAAAUGUGCCGGUGAAUACGUUGCCACCAAACAACGUAAACGCAUUCCCAAGCUUUAUGCCCCAAUACGGUGCUACGUCUGCGAAUAAUAUGCUUGCGGCGCAAAUGCAGAUCACCAGACCGGUGCCAGCAGUAGCAGCAGUGGCAGCAGCGGCGGCAGUAGGGGGUGGCCCACAUCCGGGCUGGCAGCAAGGCGGUGGCAAUUUCAAUGGACCUUUGGGGGGGCCCAUGGGUCCCAUGGCGGGGCCCGCGGUGCCACAACAGAAUUUAUUAGGACCAUUCGGCCCACCGGCGGGAAAUGCACAAUGGCAAAUGCAUGGCGGUCAAUAUGGCGGACCGCAAGGUCCCUUCAACAAUGCACCCAAUUUCGGACCAAUGGGUAUGAUGGCGCCUCGUAUCAUGGCGAAUAUGGCGGCAGCGAAUGCGUUCGAGCGUAACAAUAUGAAUAAUAAUCACCACAACAAUAACAACCAAAAUCGGAACAAUAAUGGCGGUAAUUGGCGGACAGGCUCCAAUUUCCAGGAUAACAGUGGUGGUGGCAAUUGGCGUUCAGGUGGUGGCGGUGGCGGACAAAACCGUGGUGGCGGCGGCGGCGGCGGCGGCUCGAACAACGGUGUGUGCAAGGCAUUCAUGCGUGGCCAUUGUCGUUUAGGCAAAUCCUGCAAAUUCAUACACCCAAAGAGCAAACGCAUAUAGGAUUCGCCAGAAUCUUCUGAUGAAGAUUCAGCAACGAUCUCGAAAAGCAACUGUGAUAGUGGCGACAAGUCAAAGCACAAGUAAAAACAUCAAAGAUCAAAUUGGGAAUGAUCUGCGAAACGAUCUGAGAUCGAAACUAAUUGCUGACCCCCUUGAGCCACACUUAAAGUUCUUAGAAGGCUGUUAUUCACCGUUGGCCGCCUCAAAGGAUUGCCAAGGCGCCCCAUAUGAAUGAUGGUGCGCGUCGUAAACUCAAUUCAGAAUGAAUUACCAAGAAAGAGAAGAUAUGUUUUGAUUUCUGUGAAAUAAUUAUAAUUUUUUUUGUACACAUUUUAACUUCUACACUGCGGGAUAAUAUUAUUAGAAAAUUAGUAAAAAAAGGUGGCAAGUUACGUUGCAGAAGUUU